AUGGACAUCACUCAAGGCGCCCAACUUGAAUUCACUCCCCCGCCCCUCAAACACCGCGGCGAUGGCAUUGCGUUCAAGGACCUGUUCCGCGGCGAGGACGGCGCUCCGGAGAACUAUUACUUCUCAGUCGCUCGCCAGGCGUACUUUUAUUCUCCCCGCCACAGGCACAAUUUCGACCAGUUCCGAUAUGCUCUACGUAAUACCGUCUCGAUUUGCCCGGACAUGGUACUGGCCCAAGGCGAACUCGCAUAUCACCCGGAAGGCGUGCACUAUGGCCCUCAGCACGACGACGACGGCCUGGAUCGGGACGUGCUUGUUUUGCAGUUCGGCGGCACAAGUGGCCAGGGGUAUCUUUCCUUUCAGCAAUUAGCACAGGCUCAGGAGCCAUUGAAAGAGAAAGGCCGCUUUGAGGGAGGGAAAUACUAUGCCAACGGCUCUGAUGCGAACGGAGUAGAUGGCAAAGAUGGAUACGAGGCGAUAUGGGAGCAUCACCAUGGCCGUCCAUUGGUGUACCCUCCGCCCAGGUUUGACAAGCCCAUACUCGUCAAGCCUGAGAACUUUGGCUGGAAGCCUUAUCCCGGCCUUGGCGAGGGAGUAUUCUACAAGAAUCUGGGCAUUUUCACGGAACGGGAAACGAGAGUUCAGAUGGUGCGUACAGACAGUGGCAGCACAUGGCGUCUCGAUGCGCAGAACUCUAUCCAGCUUUUGUAUGUUGUCCGCGGCCAGGGCAGUGCUAUGGUGGUAAGAUCAGAGAAAGGCUCUUUUUCACAGGCAAUUCAAGUUGAAAGCGCCAUUCGCCUCAAGCCCGAAUCGGAGAGUAUUCUUUUGUCCGCGACAUCUGAAAUGGAGAUUCUCCAUUUUGUGUUGCCAAUGCUAUCAUAG